GCCGCCGCAGCGCGAACAUGGACGCCGUCAACGCCUUCAACCAGGAGCUCUUUUCACUUAUGGAUAUGAAACCUCCCAUCUCUCGAGCCAAGAUGAUUCUCAUCACAAAAGCUGCUAUUAAAGCCAUUAAGCUUUAUAAGCAUGUAGUUCAAAUAGUAGAAAAGUUCAUCAAAAAGUGUAAACCAGAAUACAAGGUUCCAGGGUUAUAUGUGAUUGACUCGAUUGUGCGGCAGUCUCGGCAUCAGUUUGGAACUGAUAAAGAUGUUUUUGGGCCAAGAUUCUCUAAAAACAUAACCGCCACAUUCCAAUAUUUAUAUCUUUGUCCAUCUGAAGAUAAGAGUAAAAUAGUUCGUGUGCUGAACCUUUGGCAAAAAAAUGGAGUUUUCAAAAUUGAAGUCAUCCAGCCUCUUUUGGACAUGGCAGCAGGUAGCAGUAAUGCAGUCCUGGGAGCAGAAAGCGUCGCCAACAAUGAAGGUUCACCUCCACCUCCAGUUAAAGUAUCUUCUGAACCCCCUGUAGCCACUACAAACUCUGUACCAACUGUGCCACAGUUGCCCAGCUCUGAUGCCUUCGCUGCUGUGGCCCAACUGUUCCAGACAACACAAGGUCAACAGCUUCAGCAGAUCCUUCAGACUUUUCAACAGCCUCCAAAACCACAGUCUCCUGCCAUCGACAAUGCUGUGAUGGCACAGGUUCAGGCCAUCACCGCCCAGCUAAAGACGACUCCGGCAGCCCCGCCAGAGCAGAAGGCAACUGCAUUUGACAAGAAGCUGCUCGAUCGAUUUGAUUACGACGACGAACCAGAAGCUGUGGAAGACUCUAAGAAAGAAGACGCUGCUGCCAGCACAGCCUCUGCCGCCGCCCCCCCUGCCGCCGCCCCGCCCUCCGCUGCAGUCCCCGCCGCGUCUCCUCCGCAGGCCCCCUUUGGAUUUCCUGGAGAUGGCAUGCAGCAACCGGCAUAUACCCAACAUCAAAAUAUGGAUCCGUUCCAACCUCCGAUGAUGGCGAUGCAACAGGAUCCAGUGCACCAUCAGGUUCCACUUCCUCCUAAUGGACAGAUGCCAGGAUUUGGCCUUCUUCCCACACCUGCGUUUCCAUCCCUGGCUCAGGCUGGGGUUCCUCCGGCUGCCCCCGCCCAGCAACCAUUCCAGGCCCCUUUCCAGGCCCCAGGUGACCCUCCAUCACAGAAGGCGCAUCAGGAAAUGAAAGUCGAACAGUCUUGUGUUCAAGAGGUUAAGCGGCAUAUGUCUGAUAACAGAAAAUCAAGAUCUAGGUCAGCGUCCAGGUCACCAAAAAGGAGGCGAUCUCGAUCUGGUUCUAGAUCUCGAAGGUCUCGUCAUCGACGUUCUAGGUCUCGGUCGAGAGAUCGACGCCGGCAUUCUCCUAGAUCUCGAUCCCAAGAAAGACGGGACCGAGAAAAGGAAAGAGAGCGCCGGCAGAAAGGCCUUCCUCCAGUCAAAUCAGAAACCGCGAGUGUUUGUAGCACUACACUCUGGGUGGGACAGCUGGACAAAAGAACUACGCAGCAGGAUGUUGCCAGUCUCUUAGAAGAGUUUGGCCCGAUUGAAUCCAUUAAUAUGAUUCCUCCCAGAGGCUGUGCCUAUAUCGUUAUGGUUCAUAGGCAAGACGCUUACCGUGCCCUGCAGAAGCUGAGCCGCGGAAACUAUAAAGUGAACCAGAAAUCUAUAAAGAUUGCCUGGGCCUUAAACAAAGGAAUAAAGGCAGAUUAUAAGCAGUAUUGGGAUGUGGAACUUGGUGUUACUUAUAUUCCUUGGGACAAAGUCAAGCCUGAAGAACUGGAAAGUUUUUGUGAAGGAGGGAUGUUGGACAGUGAUACGCUCAAUCCAGAGUGGAAAGGAAUUCCCAAGAAGCACGACAAUGAGGUUGCGCAAAACGGAGGGGCAGAGAGCUCCCACACAGAACCAGCGUCGCCCAUCCCGAAGCCUGUGCCUGUGCCUGUCCCUCCUGUUCCUGUUCCCGCACCUAUGACAGUGCCUCCUCCUCAGGUCCCAACACACCAGCCUGGUCCUCCUGUGGUGGGCGCUCUCCAGCCGCCCGCCUUCACGCCGCCUUUGGGAAUUCCUCCUCCGGGCUUUGCUCCCGGUGUUCCUCCUCCCCCUCCUCCUCCACCAUUUCUACGCCCAGGAUUCAACCCAAUGCAUUUACCUCCAGGCUUUCUUCCUCCUGGACCCCCACCUCCUAUAACUCCACCAGUGUCUAUUCCUCCUCCUCACACUCCACCAAUCAGCAUCCCAAACUCUACUAUCGCUGGUAUAAAUGAAGACACUACAAAAGACUUAUCUAUUGGAAAUCCCAUUCCAACAGUGGUGUCUGGGGCUAGAGGAAACGCCGAGGCUGGUGACAGCGUGAAAAUGUAUGGCUCUGCCGUGCCUCCCGCCGCACCCACGAGUCUGCCCACCCCUCCUGUAACCCAGCCUGUUUCACUACUGGGUACUCAAGGAGUUGCUCCUGGUCCUGUGAUUGGUCUCCAGGCACCUUCUACAGGUCUUCUCGGUGCCCGGCCGGGCCUGAUCCCCCUGCAGCGCCCCCCGGGAAUGCCUCCGCCUCAUCUGCAGAGGUUCCCUCUGCUGCCGCCUCGGCCCAUGCCACCACACAUGAUGCACAGAGGGCCGCCGCCCGGACCGGGGGGCUUUGGGGUGCCUCCACCCCAUGGAAUGAAAGGCCCCUUCCCCCCACAUGGCCCCUUUGUGAGGCCUGGUGGCAUGCCAGGGCUUGGGGGCCCAGGCCCAGGCCCAGGCCCAGGGGGUCCUGAAGACAGAGACGGGAGGCAGCAGCAACCACAGCAGCAGCCGCCGCCACCAACGCAGCAGCCGCCACCAACGCAGCAGCCGCCUCCAACACAGCCACAGCAGCAGCCGUUUAGAAAUGACAACAGGCAGCAGUUCAAUUCAGGCAGAGACCAAGAAAGGUUUGGAAGAAGAUCUUUCGGAAGUAGGGUGGAGAAUGACCGGGACCGGUACGGGAACCGGAAUGACGAGAGAGAAAAUAGUGGCCGAGAGAGGAGAGAGUGGGGGAGGAGGAGCCCUGACCGGGACAGACACAGAGACUCAGAGGACAGAAGCAGGCGGUCUGCUGGGCACCGGGACCGGGAGAGAGAUUCUAGGGAUAGGGAGUCUCGCAGAGAGAAGGAGGAGACCCGCGCCAAGGAGAAGCCUGAGCUGGCAGACAGGGCUGCCGAGCCUCCCCUUGGCCAGGCGGGGAGUGCAGACACGACCUCGGAACUCGCCAAGGCGGAGGCCGAGCCUGCGCCGGCCAAGCCUGCUGAAGAGCUGCCUGCUGAGGCUACCUCACCCUCGGAACCCCAGAAGGAUUCCGGCCCGGCAGCAGAGGCUCGCUAGGGACUGGGCCGUGUG